AUGGAGAGUUCUGAAGAUGAUGCGGGCACAGCGACGAACGCUUCCCGCCGUGCAUCGGCGCGGGAAAAGGACGUCGGACUGGCCGAGGACGUCAAUGCAACUAGUAGUUUCCAGCAGGAACCAUCUGAAACGCGGACGGCUUGUGAUACUCCCGCGAUGUCGGAGGAUAAUUUCGACGGCGAUAGCGUACCGUCGCCGUCGACGCAGGACGUCAACGCGAGCACCGAGGCGAUUUUGGAUAUGAUAGAUGAAAUUGUUGACGGUCCGGGUGCGCCAAAGCGGGUACCUCUAGAAUCGGAAUCUGUAGAUACGCUUUUUGACGAACUCGAAAUCACCAGUGAACACUCGAAUAUCAUUGUACAAGAAUCAAGUAACACUCUUUCGGACAACAUCACUGCACAUCCCGCAGAAGCAUCGCCAGCCGACAGUGUCAAAAACGAUUUACCGGUUCAGUUUGGCAUUAACUCUCAGGCGGAAUCGUCUUCAAGUGAUCUAUCACCAGGUGUUGUAAAUGCAGACAGUGUUGACUCUUUACCACAAAGUUCAUCUCUGCCAGAGGCAAGUGAGCCUGCAGUGUCUACACAGCCUGAAGACAGUGCUUUGUCAAAUGUGGUACCUGAGGCAUUAGAAGCACCUGCUAGUUGCCCUCCACCCUAUAUUCCUUCCAGCAGUGAAGAAAAGACUGUGCUGAGCAUUACAGACUCUAGUGGUGAUUGUGAAACACAGGAACGAACAGUGAAGUGUGUGUCAUCCAGUGAUAACAGGGACAACGUGACUGUUGAAAGUGCAGAAUCAACAUCUAGUGAUAGUAGUGUUAGUGAAGGUAAAGCAGUGUUUGUAGAAACGCCAGUUCGGUCACCACUCAAACGGCGUCUGGUACGGCCAGCACCCAGUGAUCGACGGCCAGACUCUACAGUGUCUUCAACUGUUGAUUCCCAAAUUGUUCAUUUACCUGCUACUGAACAAACAAGUAGUGAAAAUAUCACCAAGGAUGUGACAAGUUCAUCUGAUGCUGUGCCCACAUUACAUGGUAACGUAAAACCAGAAGAGAUUAGAAAUUCUGCUAUUCAGUCAGAUAAGGAUCAGUGUCAAUCAACUUCAUCUGAUAGCCAUUCAUUACCCUUGGCUGAGCCUCAUUCAGAAUCUUCAAAUAAUAUUAAUAUCUCACAAUCUCAAGACAGCAAUGAACCAUUAAUUCCUGUUGUUAACUGCAUAUCUGAGGCACCUGUUAAUAGUCCUGUACAAACAGUGACCUCUGACGAACAUUCCCAACCCAGAAUAGAACAUUCUCAUUCAUCAAAACUAGAAGAGAUUGAAACACAUGAUAGUCAUGAACAGACCCCGUCUGAUCAGUCCAGCUCAUGUUCACCAAAUUCUUCGGAAGCAACCAAACCUAUUGCCGAUGAUAAUAAUGUAAGCAAUGUUAAUUAUGAUGAUCAUGGGGAUACUAAAGAUGUAGAAAGUGCUCAAAAAGAAGUAUUACAAAACAUACCUGCAAGCACACAGAAUGUAGAGAGCUCUGAACCAGAGAGUAGCAAUAACAGAGCUCAAAAUCUUACAACAACUCAGGAUAGUGUGCAAAUUCAAGAUCAUACAGAGGACCAUCUUCCAAAUGAGCAAAAUGAUAAUAUGCAAGUCGAUGACCACACACAAGUCCAAGAUCAAAAGGAUCAGGAAGAUAGCAUGCAAGUGGAAGAGCACAUAGAAAGGCAGGAUCCCAAUCAAACCGAAGACCAAACAAAACAGGAAGAUGAUAUGCAAGUGGAUGAGCAUACAGGAGGACAAGAUCACUCACAAGUCCAAGAUCAAACUACCCAGGAAGAUAACAUGGAAGUGCAAGACAACACAAAACAGGAUGAUCAUACCCAAGAGCAUGAUCAUACAGAAGUGAAAGAUCACACACAGGCGCAAGAUCAUACACAAGUGCAAGAUCAUACACAAGUGCGAGAUCACACAGAGGCGCAAGAUCAUAUACAAGUGCAAGAUCAUACACAAGUGCAAGAUCAUACACAACUGGAAGUGUUGGAGCAUACAGAUGUGCAAGAUCACAUGCAAGCUCAAGAUCAUACAAAAGAUCAGGCACAAGUGCAAGACUAUACGCAAGUGCAAGAUCCUAUACAAAAACAAGGACAUACACAAUCGGAUCCUUCACAUACGCAAGAUCGCAAGCAAGUGGAAGAUCACACAGAAGUGCAAGAUCAUAAAGAACUGGAAGAUCACAUCCAAGUGCAUGAUAAUACACAAGUGCAAGAUCACAUGCAAAUGCAAGAUCGCCCGCAAGAACAAGAUCAUACACAUGGGCAUGAUCAGACACCACUUCGUGAACACACGCCAGACGCAGUUAGCAUACAAGUGCAAGAAGAUAUCCAAAUGGAAGAACCUAAGCCAGUACAAGAGGAUGAAAAGAAAGUUCCACCUAUCAAGCUUAACUUAUCUAUGGCUAAUCUAACUGAAUCAAACAAAGAGACAGAACACAGCAGUAUUAGUAGAACCAAUGUUACCCAUGAAGAAUCUGAAGUAACCAAACAAGUCCCCAAAUUAACUAUCAAGUUGAAACAACCAGAUGAAAUUAAGUCACCUGUACCCAAAGUAACAAUAAAACCUAUCAAACCACCUGUUGAACAAGAUUCAGAUGAUAACACUGAAGAUAAUCAUCAAGUACCUUGUGUAACUAAAAUAAAUAUUAAGCCUAUCCCCAAACCAACAGAAAAUCUUAAUGAGAAAACAUUGAGAUCACAACAUACAAUAGAAGGGUCAACUAGACCAAAUGCAAGUGUCACAAAGCUAAAUAUAAAACCAAUACCCAAACCUCCAGAGAAAAUAAAUGAUUUUCAUAGAAAAUCUAGUAGCAGCGAAAUUUCAGAAUCUGAAUAUUCUGAAAACGAUGAAACCAGCACUUCAGACCAAGCAUCUACUUCUGAUCAGGGACCUUCUGAUGUUGUCCCUAAAGUUACAAUUAAACUAGGAAAGCCUGGCACUGAAAGUGAAGGUAAAUUUUAUACUGAAAAGAAUAUUCCAAAACUUACUAUAAAAGUCCAACAAGAUGAAAAUGAUGAGCAAGAACCUAAAUUAAAGAAGAUGGUAAUUAGUCAGUCAGAAGCUUCUUCCGACACACAACUUGAAAAAAUUCCUAAACUGACAAUAAAAACUAUCUCAAAAUCAGAAAGUCAACCUCUCAGUCCAAAGUUGACUAUUAAACCUUUGAAACCACCAGACACAACCAAUAAAGAUGGAGAAAUAAUCCCUAAAAAGAAGAUAUCUACUGAAUUAUUUGCAUCAGCAGAUGAAAAGGAGAGUCCACAUGUGCCUAAAAUUACAAUAAAACCUGUAACAAGGUCUACAGCAAUGUGUGACAGUCCAGAACAUAUCCCUGUAGUAACAAAAUUGAAUAUUAAACCUAUUUUGAAACCUAUGGACAGUGGAGAGACCCCUGAAGGCUUUGAAGAUAAAGUUCCUGUAGUUUCAAAAUUAAAUAUUAAACCUGUACUAAAGCCUAAAGAUAAUGAUGUAGAUUCUAGUGUAGAUGAUGUACCUAAAAUAACUAAAUUAAAUAUUAAACCAAUAAAGAAUCCUGAGGAUAUUUCUUCAGAGGAAAAAGACUGUGAUGAAUUGAAUGCUGACAUUGAAAAAAAUAGUAUACCUGUUGUUACUAAAAUUAAUAUUAAGCCUAUAAUUAAGCCUCAUGAUGAAGAAACGCUAAAGGAUUCAGAAAACCAAUCAUCAGAGACUGGUAAUUCAAGUGAUGAUAAUGGAGACCACAUACCUGUUGUUACAAAACUAAAUAUAAAACCAAUUAUAAAACCUGAUAGCUCAGAUGAAUCUUCUAAAACUGUUUCAUCAAGUGAACCAAGCAUUCCUGUUAUAACUAAAUUAAACAUUAAACCAAUAAUAAAACCCGGAGAAAUCUCACCAUCAUCCCCUAAAAAGGAACACAAAAUUGAUGGCCAUAGUCCAAUACCAGUUGUUACUAAAUUGAAUAUUAAGCCUGUUGUAAGGCCUGAUGACUCCGAUUCAGCAAAAAGUAAGGAUGAUACUAUAGAUAAAACUCCCACAAAGAAUCCUCCCCUUGUGAUGAAAAUCAACAUGAAAACCAUGACUGAAAAUUUCAAUAAUGAACAUGCAUCUUGUAACAACGUCAUCAAUGAACCAUUGCCUAUGUCUCCUAAAAAAGUAAAGGUAACUAAUGCAAUAGAAUCUAAAUCUGAAGCAGCCUCAGAAAAGAAUUCUAAAAGAAGUAGUGAACCAGUAAAUGAUAUACUGGCCCCAGUAAAGGACCAUUCUGGAGAAAAAGUCAAACAAAACUGUGUACCUGACUCUAUUGAAAAGAAUGCAGGUGUUGAAACACCAUGUGUAAAUAAACCAGCAUCAUCUCUAUCAGAAAAAGAAAAGCAUUCACAAUCAGGGACAGGCACUGAAUGUGAUUCUAUGGUCACAGGAUCCUCAUUUCCUGAGUCUAGUACAGAUAAAAUGCCAACUGUAAUUAAUGCAACUGGCCAAGAACACAAGAACAUGAAUUUAGGACCCACUGACUCAAUAAGUGAGGCAAAUAUGAUGCAAACAAUUAGUAGACAUCAAGAAACAAGAAGUAGAUCAGUGCAAAAUUGUACUUUAUUGAAAAAACUUUUAGAAAAUAAAUGUAGCAGUUUAGAUAAAAACCUUGAAAUAUCUCCAAUAGUGAAUUAUGCUUUACCUGCUGAAAAUAAAACCUUAAACAGUGAUCAUUUAGUUGAAUCGGGAAAAUCUAGCUUAGAAAAAUUAAGUUCUGGAAAUCUAGAGAAAAUGGAGAGGAGAAGUGCUACUCCUGAUAAGAUUAAUGAUUCAAAAAAGUCUGUAGAUUCGAUCACACAUGCAAACCAAGAUCAUUGUGAUAAGCUAAACGAGAACUUAACCAAACCCUUAGAAAUUACCAUAUCUGAUAAGGUUACAAAUCAAAGUUCUGGCCAAGAUUCUCCAAGAAUAAUAUUAAAAAUUAAUAAGACUGACCAUGGUCCCUCAGCAAAAAUUAUUACUGAAGAAGUAAAGAGGCCUGAUGUGCAACAGAACCUCUCUGAAAAUACUCAAGAUAUUGUAAAUGAUAAGCAGAGUCCGAAAAAAUAUGUAAAUAGUAGAAAGAAACAAGCAUUAGAUACAUCAUUGAAUUUAUCUUCAGGCAAGCGCUUAAGGAGUUCAAGAAUCGUAGAAAAUACAGAAAAGACUCCAAUAGCAAAGCGGAAUAUGGGCAAGAGGCCAUCCGCAACUGAUACUAGCCCUCCUCAAAACAAAGAUUCUAACAAAGAUUCUGACCUUUCCUUGUUACAAAGUAAAAGGUUAAAAUUAGGACAACUUUUGAGCAACAAGUCCCUUACGAUUAGUCCUGUUGCAAAAGCUUCUCCGCCCUCACCCACAAAGACUGGUUUAGAUUUAAAACAGGGAGGUAAAAAUGUCAAUCACUCUCUAUUGAAUAAUGAGAAUUGUUCAAAGAAUGGCAACUCAAAAUUACAUAAUAUUUUGUCUAAUUUACAUGCAAAACAAAAUAUGCAAUCAUUGUCUUAUAAUAAUACAAACUGUUUAGAAAAACCACAAACUGUCGCUACUGAUAAAGAAGUAAACGCUUCAGUGAGCAGCUUGGAUGCAGUUGGAACUACUUCCGUACAAAACUCGCAUCCCGAACUACAAGAGAUGAUAAUAAAUGAAAACUCAGAAUAUCGUGAAUUUGGCACUACUCCUGAAGAGGUUUCUCAAGAUCCUUUAGAGGUAGCCAGACCACCUGAGGAAAACACAGAGAUUGUAGACAUUCCUAAAUCAGUGGAAUUAACACCGCAACCUAAAAAACGGGGACGGCCACGAAAGUUGCCAGUAUCUGAAGGAGCGAAACCCGUGGCAUUGCCGGUGCCAGCCUUAGAAGAGCGGCCACAGCGGUCAUUACGCUUAAUGAGGGACAGGCCGGCAAUACUGACGAAACCACGAGGCCGUGGUAGAGGGCGAGGGGCACGACGUGUGGAAGCGACCACUCCGCCUACAGAACUCGAGACUAUUGUGGUUAUCGAGCCUGCUGACGAGCCGGAAGACCGACCACCUCCUGCCGAAAUCGACCCGACUAGUUCGAGGAUCAAGCUACCGCGUAUGACGGAGGCACUCGACAAAAUGCCUUCUGCUUGCGUAACACCUUUGUCAAGUAGACGACGGAAUUCGUCAGGGAAUUUCUCGACUGGUGAAUCACCUGAAUUGAAGGUGGUGCUUGAGAACUCAAAAAUCGACGAUAUAAUGAAGAGUCCUGAGGCUGGUGGUUCAGGGAGGGGUCGAGGUGGGCGGGGGAGCCGUGGCGGUCGUGGAAGGACGCCACGUGGUCGAGGACGGGGGAGGGGAGGCGGCCGUGGCGCUACCUAUAUGAAGGAAACUAUGGGCAUCUACGGGCGAGUGUGCGGGCCAGCUACGACAACAGUGCAGCUCUUCGAAGAAGAAACGUGUAUGAUGGACGAUAACGCCACUCCCGCUAAACCCACACAUUUAUUGGAUGAAGAUUCUCAAAGUUCUGUGAAGAGUUCGACGAAUGAAAGUAGUAAAAUGAAGAAAUCAAAAUUUGCUGAUUUGUUUGACAGUAAUAAGGUAAUGAUGAUCCAGGAGCAAGUAGCGAUGUUUCUAGGAGUGAAGAGCUUCAAGCGGCGGUACGCGGAGCUGAAGAGGCGGACUAUCUCUGGUGAGGAGAGGGACUACGUUCUUAGUAAAGGUCUCGUGACUGAAGCAUUGUGUGACCUUGGUAUCACCGCGGUAGACGCCAGUGAAGUUUUAGACAUUAUGUUAUCGGACUAUCCACACAAAUAUGAAGAGUUUCGGUCGUACCAACGGCAACGGCAAUUGGCUGAAGCUGCUGAGGAAUCAGCUGAAGACAUUAAAACCGAAGAAAAGGUGGUAAAGGUUGAAAUGAAAUCGGAGAAACCGGUUGAACAUAAACCUGAACAACCGAAAAUUGACCCUGAAAAGACAAGACAGUAUUUAAUUUAUAAAUGGUGCCAGGAUAUGGCGGCGGCAGCUAUAGCGUCGGCGAGCGAAUGGAACGCGCGAACUAACGCGAUGCGGCGCGGCGCGUGCGCGGACCUGCAGAGCCUCACCGUGCAGCGCGCGCGCGCCCCGCCCGCCGCGCCCGCGCGCCCGCAUCUACGCCCGCCCGCCGGCUUCUACCCGCACGCACUCCUGCCCGGACAGUACCAACACUCGUACUUCCCAUUGAACACAGUACUAGCGGCGCCGCCUGCUCCUCCAUCAGAAGAAUGGAGUUCUGAGUCAGAACCUGACUGGGGCUCAAGAUUCUCGUCAUCCGAGGAUUCUGACGGCCCGACACAUCAUUCUGCUAAGCGGAAGAAAUUGACGAAGACAAAGCGCAGUAGCCAGGCAGAGACCCGUGAAGUGAAGGAGUCGCGGGAGCCGCGCGAGGAGACCCGGCCGGAGGACCUCUGUCGCGUCUGCAAGCUGCGCCUCGAGGCCAACCGGCGCUACACGCACGAACGGUUCCUCGUCUGCGCCAACUGCAACGCCAAGCUGCACCCGUCCUGCCUGGAGCUGAGCGCGGACACGAUCCGCAAGUGCCGCGACUACGCGUGGCAGUGUGCCGAGUGCAAGACUUGCUGCACGUGUCGCCAGCCUGCAGACGAUGACAAGAUGCUCUUCUGCGACCUCUGCGACCGCGGGUUCCACAUCUACUGCGUCGGACUCGACACCGUGCCUAGCGGUCGGUGGCACUGCGUAGAGUGUGCGAUCUGCAAGUCGUGCGGGGCGCGGUCGCCGGGCGGCGCGGCGGGCGCCGGGCCCGGGCCCGCCAGCACGGAGCCCGCCGAGUGGCACCACCAGACGCGGCGCGGCCUGGGCGGACACAAGGUCUACUCGCACUCGCUCUGCACGCCCUGCGCCAGGGCGUAUCGCAUCGGUCGCUACUGCCCGCUCUGCGAGCGCUCCUUCAUCGGCCCGAAGGGGACCAUGCAGCUCGUCAUAUGUAAGCUCUGCGAUAGGCAACUGCAUCAAGAUUGCGUUAGACAGACGGUGUCUAAUCUGAACGUGUUGGACUACACGUGCGCGGAGUGCCGGCGGACGGGCAUCACGUCGCGCGCCGCGGCCGUGCGCCUGGCGCCGCGCACCAUCGCCACGCUGUUCAUGGCCAAGCGACGCUUCAACAAGUACGCGCACCGACAAUACCUGGCCAGCCGCCGGCGCCAGGCCGAGGAGGCGCGGCUCGAGGCGGGCGACGACUCCGUGGACGCGGCCGAGGGAGGGGACGCGGAGCCGCUGCGCGUGGAGCUCCGCGACGACAUGUCGGAGGGGUCGGACGCGGCGCCCGACCUGGCCGACACCAGCGACCCGCUCGACGCCACGCCCGACGCCUGAACUCUCCGCGUGCGCGAGUGAAGCGGUGGACUGUAUACAAACUGACGUGUAAUAUAUAUGUAGCUGUUCUUAGUUCAUAUGUAACUCUUAUUCGCUUCGGUACUACGGUUGUAAGGUAAACUGUUACAUAAAUCUGAUUAAUAUAACGAUUAACCGGUAGGCUAUGUACGAGUAAGUUGUCGGAUAGUGAAGAGAUACUAGGUGUAUUGUCUCUUUGUGUUAUCGCUGCGUUUUAUUUUCUAUACGCUGAGAUGUUUGCAAGUACGAUCCGGAAGGAGCCGGCGCUGAAAUAUUAUGUAUAUUAUUAUAUCCCUAGUGGGAGUUAGACGGUUUGAUUUAACAGAUGAUAAAGAUCAUAAAAGUGGUUAGAUAGAUAGCUGUAGAUCGCAGGACUCUUAACAUUAAAACUGUACAGUAAUUUAAUACUAACUUCACUAUAUGGGUAGCUGGGCAAUCAUACUAUUUUUAAUAUCAUAGAGUUGAGUUAAAGUAUCCUGCAAGACAAAUCAUGUAUCUUAUUGUGUAUUCGUCCACAAUUGGUUCUGUUGGAGGUGAUUAGAUUACGAGAUAUUGUGUAGUUGUGCUGUUAUUACUUUACGACGGAUGAUUUAGUUGCAUUGUGUCGCAUCAUGUUCGUUUAUAUGUGUGAACUCUAUAUUAGAACUGCAGACGGACAUGGUACAUUUUGUCAUUUACGAAUUAGUUCUCAGGAAUACAAAUUAAAAUAAAUGCAUACAAUAGAAAUCUGCCUUUUAAUGCAUUUUUUAAUUUUGUUUCUAAAUUGUUUUUGUUGUCACUGCUGUUGAUGAAUCGGUCCACAUACUAUUGAAGACAGUGCGCAUUUUGUUUAUUUUUUAUAUAGUAUAAUUUUUAGAUUAUCGUUAAUUUCGCUUAAUAAGGUAUUUAUUUUAGUUGUACUUUUAUAUGGAUACAGCUGUAUACAAUCUUAUGUCCCAGAUAAUAUUCGCGGAGGAUUGUUAUAUGAACGUAGGGAAUUUAUAUAAAUUCAUCAGGUUUGGAUAGUUAUGAUUGAUUCUGUUUGCCUGUAAUGAAUUUUAUUUAUGAAUCGUUUGGGUAUGAUUAAGAAUAUGUUUCCCCCUAAUACGCACUUUAUGAAAGUUGUUGAUUAAUUACACUAGAUUAUUUUAUAAGAUUUUUAUCGUUUCUGUAGUUUAAUUAUUGUACGAAUCAAAUUCAGCAGCUCUUCUUUCAAAUAACAUUUAUUGUUUUCCUUACUUAAUUUCAAAGUACAAAACAUAGGCUACCUUUAUGUACUAUUUACUAGCACUCGUUCUGGAAGGCAAUAUGAACCCAAUGAAUAAAUAAUUAUAGUUUUAUAGAAAGAUCAAAUAAAUUAUUUAAUUCAGAGUAUAGUAUGUUUAUUUUCAUUAUGAGAAAAUUAUUUAUUUAUACCUAUGGUUACAAAGAUAGUAUUAUAGCAGAUUUGGGUGGUAUUUAUUUCCAGGGCGAAUCCGGGAAUGAUUAGUUGGACCCUCUGGGCAGUAGUCCCUGCAGCCACUGGUAUUCGUUUUCGGUAUACGUAACAUUCGAUUCAACAACGUGUAUGCAUUUGCUGUACUUACGAUAUAAUCUCUGCGCGCUAUCGUCUUUUUAACCACUGCUGUGUGCAAUUAUCCCCCAUAAUGUUGUGUAUUAUAUCAUGUAUUAGAAUUAUAUUGUGUAAGUGCAGGUGACGACCUUAGUAACUUCAUUGAAUACUGACACUAAUGUAUCAAUGUUUUAGUUUAUAAUUAUGCUUUGGUUAAUAUUAAUCAUAAUUUACUUAUUAGUGAUGACUUUUAAGAUAAAAUUGAUGUCCUCGAAAUCAUGAUAAUAUAAACCUUUUAUACAAUAUACACAACUGACCCCGGUGUUACUCACACCGUAAUUCGCAUUGCUUUAUCGACACAGGUGAAUUUGUAAGACUUACUUGUAAGAGAAUAAUGAUAACUUUAUGUCUACUUAAUGCAAGUGUAAACGUUCUAGAAAUCUCGCACUGUUCGGUCAAUUUUUGUAAAAAAAGAUAAAUAAAUUUUGAUUUGAACUUUUGUUUUUCUUUUUUAUUUUCACGGCAAUGCAAGUUUUGUCUGUUGAUGGAAUAAAACACAAAUGCAAUAAAAAAUAAUGUAUAUAUAAUUUGACUUAUAGUAUGGUAAACUCGGUAGCAUAAUUAACAAAAUUUUAUAAACACUGAAAAUAUUCAGCAAAUAUAUUUUAUAAACUGGCAAUAAAGCAUCUGUAUCCUUAUAUUUCGAUGAAACCUGGGGACAAGAAGAAUGUAUCACGUUAGUAUAACGAUACCUGUAACAGUAAUAGAUGUUGACAUUAGAUAGACAUACAUUUGUAGUAAAACUACUUUUCAUAGAUUAUUUGGCGUAAUUGACAUCCUGCAAUGAAAAUAAAAUCAAUACCUUUACACAACAAUUGAAUAUUAGGUACUGUGCACGAAAUCGAAAAUUUUUUUUAAACAUCUGCACAUUCAAAAUAUACGCAAAAUAGUCCUAGACAAAGUAGUUUUGCUUUAAAACCUAAGAUAUAGACGGACAUUGAGUUAGUAGUAGCGGUGACAUGGUCACUCGUCGAGUCGCAGGCCGCUGAUGGAGAGGAAGGUGAAUGCGUUGUGCAGCGCCAGCACCGGCACCGCCGUCACGGCCGCGCGCUGCCGCGACCGCCCGCGCACCGCCCGCACCGCGCGCGACAGCACCGCCGGGCCCGGCGCACUCCACACCUG